CCACGCUUCAUCGGGCACUCGGUUUAAUUCCGCACAAAGGGAACUACGUGCUAUUACUAAUGAUGUCAGUGCUGUCAUGUCGUUUUCUACUGGAGGGAGUCAGUUGCUGAAGUUGCAGGGAAAUAUAGUUUGGAGCUCAAUGCAUUUUUUGAACUGCUAUACAAAAAGCUCACAAAAAAAUAACCUUGCGCCGCUGUAGUACGGUAUGUUGUUCUACUAGUCACAUAAAUAGGCAAAGGAGAUAUAGUUAUAAAGAUUCAGACACAUCUGUCAUCCGAUGAUUCACGCUGGAAGUUUAGUGACAAAGCUAUCGUCUUCUACACUGUCUUGACCUUAGCAUUAGUCACCAAAUGUGAUAAUACAAUAACCCCCUCAGCAAUUUCAUGGUGAAUAAUGAGAUAGCAUUUGCCGUCCGAUAAAAGUACAUACACAGUUAAAAAAAACUGUAUGAUCUGCAGUUCAGUGUACUUUUUUUUUUUUUUUUUAGAAACACAGGCGUUUGCUCUUUCUUUCGGAUACAUGCACGUGUCUCUGCAUGCAUGCAGUUUACGGCAAAUGCACCAAUCAAUGUGAGUUUGAAGGAAAUUGUCAUCUGCCAGAUGUUCGUGAUACUCCUGCAAGGUUCGCCUAUAAUAUUGUGUGAGUAUCGCCCUUUACCUAAAUAGUGCGGCGCACUAGCUUUGAUAUAAUCCGCACUCUCGAGAGCUGCAGAACAGCAGUGAAACCUCUGCGCCAGCUUCGUGUUUCAUCUGGUUUAUACCUGUGGAAAAUAUUCUGAUCCGUGUCAACUGUGUCAUUUCAUCAUUAAAUGGUCGGGCAGCUUUAUUUGAUCAGGAAGAAAGAAGUCAGGACCAGAUCAGCACCAGUCUUUUGAACAGCUCCUUCUAUUUCGUCUCAUUUUUGUGUAUUUCUUUUGAUAUUUUCAAUCCGGAUAGACAAUAGAUCUGUGAUCUUUUAAGCAACUUUCAUUUUAAAUGGCAUCGCCAAGAUUUUGGUCUUUUGCAGCCGAAAAUGAGGGGAAUAACAGCAACCAAAACCCCGGCACACCAAGAGCUUGGUGUCAAGCUGCACAGAAAUUCACUGGAGGAAUCGGAUCAAAACUGUGUGCACUCCUUUCUUCUGGGGAAAGUGAAAAAGCCACGAAUCUCGCCGCUAAACAAGAAGGAUCGACUUUAGAGACCUGCGGCUGUAAGGAGCUUUGUACCUGUUCCAAAAAUAAUAUUGAUUUCUCCGUCCUGUAUUCAACAGACCUCCUGCCGGCAAGCGAUGGAGAUACAGCAACAAUGGCCUUUCUACAAGAGGUUAUGGACAUUUUACUUUCGUAUAUAGUGAACACAUUUGACAGGUCUACAAAAGUCAUUGAUUUCCACUACCCAAAUGAAUUACUUCAAGCUAACAAUUGGGAACUUACUGACGAGCCAGAAACCCUGGAUGACAUUUUAUUGAACUGCAGAUCAACGAUGAAAUAUGCUAUUAAAACAGGCCACCCUAGGUACUUCAAUCAGCUUUCUACAGGAUUAGAUAUGGUUGGUUUAGCAGCAGACUGGCUGACAUCUACUGCUAAUACUAAUAUGUUCACCUAUGAGAUUGCCCCAGUGUUUGUCCUGAUGGAAUACGUCACUCUAAAGAAAAUGAGGGAAAUGAUUGGCUGGCCAGACGGCAGUGGAGACGGAAUAUUCUCACCAGGUGGAGCGAUAUCUAAUAUGUAUGCGAUGCUGGUGGCCCGAUACAAGAUGUUCCCUGAAGUGAAGGAGAAGGGAAUGUCAGCUGUUCCAAGGCUGGUUGCCUUCACGUCUGAACAUAGUCACUUUUCCAUUAAGAAGGGGGCAGCAGCUUUAGGAAUUGGCACGGACAGUGUUAUUUUGGUCAAGGUCGAUGAGAGAGGUAAAAUGAUACCGUCAGACCUUGAACGAAGAAUAAUUGAAGCCAAACAGAAGGGCUAUGUGCCGUUCUUUGUAAGUGCUACAGCUGGCACUACAGUGUAUGGAGCGUUUGAUCCACUCAUUGCCAUCGCAGAUGUGUGCAAGAAACACAAAGUCUGGAUGCAUGUUGAUGGAGCCUGGGGUGGUGGAUUGCUGAUGUCCAGAAAGCAUCGAUGGAAAUUAAAUGGAGUCGAAAGGGCCAAUUCUGUCACAUGGAAUCCGCACAAGAUGAUGUCUGUCCCAUUGCAGUGCUCUGCUCUACUUGUCAGAGAAGAGGGAUUGAUGCAGAACUGCAACCAGAUGCAUGCCUGCUACCUCUUCCAGCAAGACAAGCAUUACGAUCUGUCCUAUGACACUGGUGACAAAGCCCUGCAGUGUGGGCGCCAUGUUGAUAUUUUUAAGCUGUGGCUGAUGUGGAAAGCCAAGGGCACCAUAGGCUUUGAAGCCCAAAUUGACAAGUGCUUGGAGCUCUCAGAGUACCUUUACAACAAAAUAAAGAACAGGGAAGGCUACGAAAUGGUUUUUAAUGAAAAACCUCAGCAUACAAAUGUCUGUUUCUGGUAUCUACCACCGAGUCUUCGCUAUGUGGAAGACAAGGAGGAGAGAUUGAGACGCUUGAGUAAGGUAGCGCCAGUAAUCAAGACCAGAAUGAUGGAGUAUGGGACCACAAUGGUAAGUUACCAGCCACAAGGAGACAAGGUGAAUUUCUUUCGUAUGGUCAUCUCAAACCCAGCUGCAGCUUUUGAAGACAUUGAUUUCCUUAUUGAGGAGAUUGAGCGACUUGGACAGGACUUAUAAGCCGGUGUUUUCGUAAGUGUCCUGAAUCGUUAGACAAAGGAGGCGUCUGUUGUGAAUGUACCAGUAUUUUAUUUUCUCAUUUCUGGAUUGUGGAGUAGCAGUGAACAGUAUGUCAAGAACAGCUAUAAUUAAAUGUUAAGUUAAGCUUUUGUCUGUUCUUUGUAUCUGGACUAGAAAAUUGUAUUUUAUCUAGUUAAACAAAACCUACAUUGUUCAAAACAUGAAACUAUAACAUGUCAAGAGAUUCAUUUCAUUCAUUCAUAGGAGGCUGUGUGGUCCAGUGGUUAAAGAAAAGGGCUUGUAAUCAGGAGAUCUCUGGUUCAAAUCCCACUUCAGCCACUGACUCAUUGUGUGACCCUGAGCAAGUCACUUAACCUCCUUGUGCUCCGUCUUUCGGGUGAGAUGUAGUUGUAAGUGACUCUGCAGCUGAUGCAUAGUUCACACACUCUAGUCUCUGUAAGUUGCCUUGGAUAAAGGCGUCUGUUAAAUAAACAAAUAAUAAUAAUUUGAGAUUACAAUAAAUGAUACUAAGACAUAGGCAUCAUGUAAAGGAAGAUGACAUUUUUUUGAGGGAAUACUACUUACCUGAAAUUUAAAACACUGCCUUUAAGAAAAAAGGUUCCAGCAGUCUUUCUGAGGUAAAAUUAGGUUUAUACGUGUGACAAUCCCUACAUAAUAAGCUUGAACCUUUAAGUUUGAAAUAGUAACAAAACCAUUGCACAAGCACACUGGAAACAAGGUAGCAACUUGUUGAUAUCUAAAUAGUUUUUUGAGCAUCAGUAGUUGUCUAAACAGAAUUUGCUCUAUGUAAUGGCAUUGACAAUUAUUUUGAGGUUUUUUUUUUUCCCCCCUCUAGCCCAUUUCGUUAUUUGCCAAGCUGUAUUGCCAAAUAGAGUCACAAUAUUGAGAUUCAGUGCAAGUGCAUUUUUUGAUUAUCGGGGGCCUGGAUUGAAUCAAAAUGAUGACGCUUCCAUAACCGUUACUGAACAUGGCAUAGCGUUGGCAGCUUCUUAAACUUUGAUUUCAUUCAGGUCAUGUGUAAGAGAGCUCUUUUUCACACAUAGGAAACUCAAGUAGUUUAUAACAGUGAGUGUCUCUCAGCUCUUGAAUAUCUACUGUCAUAUAUUGUAUACUUUCAUUUGGCUGAUUAAAUAUGUACUUAAUGAAAGCACAACUGAAUACAGAUACAAAUGUGUAAGGUAAUUUAGGUAUUGAAUUGCUAUAUAUUAUUUUGUCCACAUUUUUAUUAUUGUUAUAUAUUAUUUGACUUAAAUUUUUGUGAUUUAUUGUGAUCAAAUGCUUAGUAAUUUCAAUGUUCUAAUUCAAAUAUUUACUGUAUAUUCAGGGUCAGGCUUUAUCGAAAAACAAUGCUAUGGUAUCCAUCAAAAAUGCUGAAUAGCAAAACAAAGUAUAAGUUCUAUUUUUAGAACUGUAGUGCAGGUUGCAAAAUAUUAUGCAAAGCCAUUUUAAAACCGAGCCCUGUGUUUUAAGUGUUUAAGUGAUAUAGACGCUGUAUGAUGUGCCAAUAUUGUGAAGCUGAACAGAAAGUGUAUAUGUGUGCCUGUAACUGUGUUGCCUUUGUAUGUACAGUAUUAAUAGCCAGUAAAGUCUAGCUGUCCUCAGACUGAGGCUGUGCACUUUAGAGUCUAUGUGUAAGGUAAAGAUCAACAAGCUUGUGCUCUGUGUAUGGUUGUGUAUUUUUUGAUGUCAGAAGUGUUAUAGUAUGCAUUACCCACAUUGUUUAAAUGCCAUCAUCCCCGUUCCAGCAAUUUGACAUUAGAUGAAUGAAUGCUUUCAGUCUGCAGAACUUCCAAUCUAUAAUGCCACUGUCUAACUAUCAACAUUCGCUUCCUGUAAUAUCAGAUUGAAAAGUGUUGGAAAAAGUGUUUGUGUUUUAAAGCAGUUUUAUGACUUUGUAACUGAUCACAGCUAUAGUGUGUGUGUGUGUGUGUGUGUGUGUGUGUGUGUGUGUGUGUGUGUGUGUGCGUGUGUGUGUGUGUGUGUGUGUGCGUAUUUUACAAAGUUAAAUAGGGUCUACAACUAAGUGACUUAGUUGAGCAAUUGCUUGCAUGGAAAAUCACAAUAUCCCCACACGUGCAACAUGAUGUGAUGUGGUAGACAGCCGAAAUAGCAGACAAUCUGGGAAACAGUGACUCAGGAAUGGGACGCAUACAAGCAGCUAAAAGUAGAACAAUGCCCUGCAUUCCAUUAAUUCAACCUGGGGUUUGGUUGCCUUUUAAUAAUCCUCUCUGUAUUACUGUGCAUACAAUGAUUAAUCAAUACUACUGCUAUGACUGCUACUACUUCUACUGCCUAUAAUACUACUACUGCUACUCAUUUUUAGUUCUAUGACACCUUCAUUAUGCUUCAUUACUCGACUGCUGCAUGGCCGCAUUCUAUUGUUUCUGCUUAAAUUAGACACCUUACUGUCUUGUGUUCUGCUAUAUCUUUGCAUGAUAUUGCUAGUUUAUAAUGGUAGACAAAGAGCAGCUCCCUUAUUGCCAAGCCAAUUGCAAAGCUAAUUGUAACACUAGUGUAGCAUUGCAUGGUCUGUUGUACCUGUUCUCUGUUUUGUACAGUCUGCACAGCUGUCUUUCUGAAACGCAUUUUGGCAAGUAUGAGAAUGAGAAGCUUGCUGUCUCCAUGUUUGUAUCUGUUCUCCUUUGAAUGCAUUCGUCGCUAUUGAAGCCUUUAAAGCCAUGCUUACUGUACCAGCCAUAAAAAAGCAUGCAUAAAUGUUAACGGUGCUUUACCUAGUUGACUUUCUGGCUUAUUACUCUGAAUAUAUAUCUGUACAUAUAUAUUUAAUUUAUUUUAUAUGACAUGUUUGACCUAGUUUAAAAGGUAAUCAGUUUAGCAUGCCCCCUAUGGUUCUGCUCUGCAUCUACUCUAGUUUACUAAUGAUUACCACAGUUUUUAAUAAGCUUUACUCUGCCUCUGUGUGCUUUACAGUGCUUACCGUGCUUUGACUACUGUUACUAAAUUGCUAUGCUUUUACACCUCUAACUUUAAGGGCCAUGUUGAAUUCAACUGAAGUGAAUUGAAAAGAAGGAGUAUUUGAAUUUCACAGCCUCGUACCAUGCCGUGCAACAUGUAUCCCAGUUCUCAAAUGAUAUACAGAUGCAAGCAUCAAAGCAUUUCAUGGCAUUGCUACAGUCACAUUUGUGACAGUUCUUUGGAGCAAUCAAACUAAUUUAGCACAUUUGAUGUUAACUGUGUCCCACAGAAUUGCAACCCUUAAAAUUAAUCCUUUAGGACAUUAGCCAAUACGAAUUUUAAAGUAACACUUCUAUGGAAAUAGACAUAUCAGCUUUUUGUCUCAUUCAAGGUUAAAACCUGAAUACCAAGACAAGACAACCUGCUAUAUAAAAAUAAGACAUAUCUAAAUUAUGUUGUACUAUUAGUUUCUUGCAGUUUGCAUUAAGUAUGGGGAAAAAUAUAUAUAUAUAUGUGUGUGUGUGUGUGUGUGUGUGUUAUUGCCAAAUAUUGACUGUUUCAGUAUGUUAUGUAUAUCUGUGAUGUAAAUUAUUCUAAACACAGUAGCACAGUAACAGCCUGCAUUACAAAAAUGUUAAUUGGUGGAAAGCAGAAAAAGAUGACUUUUCUUUCAGUGUUCUGAUUGUAUUUUAAUGACAUUCAGUAUUGCUUGUUAAAUUCAGCAAUUGUUAAAUCAUUGUAAGGUUUCUGUGAACUCACUUUUAUUAAAACUCUAAGCAAAAAAUA